AUGGUUAAUGGCAAUGUAAUGGAGAAAAAAUCAGAGAAAGACCAUGAAUCCUUUCAAAACAAUACAUUGUAUAAUCGAGAAAAUAGAACGGCUGAAAAUAGAAAUGAAAGACUUUUUUCGAAAAGACAUCGGUCUUUAUCACAUCAGAGUUAUCAACUAGAAAAACAUAAUCAACGAUUUAGUUCAUGUCCAAAUACAAUUCCUCGAGAACCACGAUAUUCGUAUGCUCCGUUAUAUCAGCAUGGAAAAAGAAAGAGUAUCUCUUCAUCGUUUUCUCAUAGUUAUUGUCCUGAAAAAUAUCCUUAUUUAUCAUUACAUCAAACACAUAACCAUUUGGAUCUUGAUUGUUUUUCAGAACAAGUAAGAAAUAAUAUACAUGAUUCGAAUAAAUAUGAAAAAAAUAUGAAUGAAAAUGAAUAUAAAAAAGAAUUUUCUGGUCACCAGUCUUAUUUAAAUAAUAAUACUUCUGUACAUAAAUAUUAUGAUCAACCUUUUAACUCAUAUAUACCAAUGAAGUCUUCAAAAAUGAAUAGAGUUGUGAAAGAAACUAUGCAUUGUAAAGGUAUUUCUAGAGAGGAAGAUUGGGAUAAAAAAGAGAGUUUUUAUGGCAAAAAUACUACAAAAAAAUUAUCUCACUCUGAAUGUAAAAAAGAUGAUAAUUAUGAUUUAAAAACUAUUUCUAUUAAUAGUCCAGUUAUUGAGACAGAUGGAAGUGCUUUUUCGAAAAUAAGUGCAGCAGAAAGAAAGAAUAUGAUUGAGAAUCCUAAUAAUGUUCAUGCUAUUUCUUUUGAUUCGAAUAACUCUUUAAAUAAAAGUUCUGAAGGAAAAAAAGAUAUGUUUUCGGAGCAUAAAUUUAAAGAUGUUUCUUUUCAAGAUAAGGCUAAAUCUCCUCUAUUUUCUCCGCCUGUUUUUUCUAAUGAUAUUGAAAACUAUAAUAGAUAUAAUUCUAAUAAUCACAAAUUUUUUUCUGAAACACAAGAAUUUGCAACUAUGCAUGUUGAAAAUAAAGAAAAUAUUAACGAAUUAAUACAAGAAAGGUUUCAAUUUAUGGAUUUAAAAAAGGCUGACUUUAAUAAUGUUUCUUUACAUGUUUCUGAUAAAAUAAAUGAUCAUAUUAUAUCUAAAGAUUUUUUAACUCAGGAUGAUAAAGGAUUAAUUCAAGAUGUGUAUAAUAAAAUACAAAAAAUCGAUAAAGCAAUAUUAACAUGUAAAAAUCAUCUUUAUGAAAUUGAAAAUAGGAAAUUGCAAACUAUUAAUUUGAAUAAUGAAGAUAAAAAAGAAACAAUUUUCUCUAUGACUAAAUUUCCUGGAUCUUUGUCUAUUAGUGAUUUUUUAUAUGUAGAAACGAAUUUAUGUUCAAAAAUCUAUUCUGAAAACAAGGAAAAGGCGAAGCAGAAUUGUAUUAAAUUUUCAUACAUUAAGAUAUAUAAUGACUCAUUAAAAGAAUACCCUUUUUUUAAAGAAAACGAAUUAAAACAUGAACGUUUACGUCCAUUAUUGUUUUUAUAUAUUUCGCAAAAAAAUAAAAAAAUGCUUGAAAGAAAUAAAAUUCUUCAGUUACAGUAUGAAAAAUAUCAAAAUUCUUGGGAAUCUCAAGUAGAAAAAUUAGAUAAUAUAAAGAAAACAAAGAAACAAGAAAACGAACGGUCUGGAUUCUUUGAUGCACAUUUAGAUAAUUUAUCGUUGAGAAGUUUUAGAAGAGGACAAGGUUUAAAUUAUGGUGAUUUUGUUAGAUCGGAUGCAGAUUUCGAAGAUAUUAUAGCUAAAUUAGGAGUAGAAGAUGAUCGGGUUUCUCGCGCUGCAGUGAUACCUCCUAUGAUUUCAAAUCUUAGUGAAACUAUUAAGUAUCAAUAUGAUGAUAGAAAUGGAAUAGUAGAAGAUCCUAUUUCUUCUUUCCAUUAUCCCACAUGGAUAGAUGUUUGGACAGUAGAAGAGCAUGAACUUUUUAAACAAUUAUUUAUUAAAUAUCCUCAAAAAAACUUUGGCUUAAUUGCUUCUAAUAUUCCAAAUAAGACUAUUUCUCAAUGUGUUUUGCAUUAUUAUCGCACAAAAAAACAAGAAAAUUAUAAAAGCUUAGUAAUCUCAAGGAAUUCUGAUAAAGCAAAAAGAAAAGGCAGAGGUCGUUCGUCAAGAAAAAUGGAGAAAGUUAAAGCAUCUUCUCUCUUAGCAGAUCUUCAGCCUAGUGUAAUAAACGAUGAUAUGGAUGAUGAUUAA